GUCGGUGUGUCCGCGGCGGGGCGGGUGGGCGGCGAUGUCGGCCAGCGCGGUCUAUGUGCUGGACCUGAAGGGGAAGGUUCUCAUCUGUCGGAAUUACCGCGGAGAUGUGGACAUGUCUGAGGUGGAGCAUUUCAUGCCCAUCCUUAUGGAGAAGGAGGAGGAGGGGACCCUUUCCCCCAUCCUGGCACACGGAGGAGUUCGUUUCAUGUGGAUUAAACACAACAACUUGUAUCUUGUUGCAACUUCUAAGAAAAAUGCUUGUGUGUCACUGGUGUUUUCCUUUUUAUAUAAAGUAGUUCAGGUGUUUUCUGAGUAUUUCAAGGAGUUGGAAGAAGAGAGCAUUAGGGAUAAUUUUGUUAUUAUUUAUGAGUUGUUAGAUGAGCUUAUGGAUUUUGGUUAUCCCCAAACCACUGAUAGUAAAAUUUUACAAGAGUACAUCACUCAGGAAGGUCACAAACUUGAAACUGGAGCUCCACGUCCACCUGCCACUGUCACCAAUGCUGUUUCAUGGAGAUCAGAAGGGAUAAAAUACAGGAAAAAUGAAGUGUUCCUGGAUGUGAUAGAGUCUGUGAACCUUUUGGUCAGUGCCAACGGGAACGUGCUGAGGAGCGAGAUAGUGGGAUCCAUUAAGAUGAGGGUGUUCCUGUCGGGAAUGCCGGAGCUGCGCCUCGGGCUCAAUGACAAAGUUCUCUUUGAUAACACAGGCCGUGGGAAAAGCAAGUCAGUAGAACUGGAAGAUGUGAAGUUCCACCAGUGUGUUCGUCUCUCGCGCUUUGAGAAUGACAGAACCAUUUCCUUCAUCCCCCCUGAUGGAGAGUUUGAGCUCAUGUCCUAUCGCCUCAACACCCACGUAAAACCACUGAUCUGGAUUGAGUCUGUGAUUGAAAAACAUUCCCACAGCCGCAUUGAGUACAUGAUCAAGGCAAAAAGCCAAUUCAAGCGUCGCUCAACUGCCAACAACGUGGAGAUCCACAUCCCGGUUCCCAACGACGCGGACUCGCCAAAGUUUAAAACCACUGUUGGAAGUGUCAAAUGGGUCCCAGAGAACAGUGAAAUUGUCUGGUCCAUUAAAUCUUUUCCAGGUGGUAAAGAAUACCUGAUGAGAGCUCACUUUGGACUUCCAAGUGUUGAAGCUGAAGAUAAGGAAGGAAAACCUCCCAUUAGUGUAAAGUUUGAGAUUCCAUAUUUCACCACUUCAGGAAUCCAGGUUCGCUACUUAAAGAUAAUUGAGAAGAGUGGUUACCAGGCUCUCCCCUGGGUUCGUUAUAUUACCCAGAAUGGAGACUACCAGCUUCGGACACAGUAAAACACCUCCCAGCCCCACAGACCACACAACUUCAGGCCUAGAAUUUGUUUGCAGAAUCUUCUGUGGGACUGAGAGCCCUGAAUGUCGUUGCCAAGGGUCUUGUUUCCACCAUCUUGGAUUGGCAGGAGAAGGAUGGGAGAAAAAAAAAAAAUCACUGUUUUCAAUAACGUGUUUGAGCAUUUGAACCAUUAGUAUUGAUUGUGUGAAUAUUUAUUUCAUUCUUAGAACAUGCUGAUCUUGCUGCUAAGUGCUGAUUACAUUAGGAGUAGCAGUUACCUUGAGGAGCCAGGAAUACAGAAUGAACCUUGAGAAUGUCUUGUCAAUGCCUUGUCCAUUACAUUCCCAAAGUCUCUAGGAUUCAUGUUCUGGGAUCUCUGAAGACAUUGGCAACAUCAUGCUACAAAUUAGGGAGAUGAUUGUGCAAUUCAAUGACUGCUGAACACUUACUUGUAUUUAGCCCAAGGUAUUUAUAUUUUUUUGCUGGGCAUGUGGGUGCCUUAACUCAUUCAAAGCUCUGUUAACUUAUAAACAUUUAAGGAAUAUGAGUUGAAACUAUUUUCUCUUUUUGCCUGGUUUGAAACCAAUUAAUCUAACAGCUUCAAGUGAAGGGUUUGGAAAGGAAAAUAUGGAUUUGUUAAAGACUAAAGCUAACUGAAAACAAGAUAUGAUGGAAGUAAAAGUCUCUGGGAGCAUCUCUCUGAAGGAGGAUGGUUGCUAGCUCAAGUUAGUUGAAAUGCAGACUGAAGUUUCAACCCUGUGAUACCCCUGGGCCAUGGACACCCUGUGCCAAUGGACUUCUUUUGGCUUUUUUUUUUUUUAAUUUCUAAUCAUAAAACAAGUUCCAAACUGUAUAAUAUGUAGGCAUAAGGACUUAGAUCAAUUAUUUUAAAAAGACCAAUUUUGGCAGUGAUUAAAUUUGAUAGGAAGGGUGGGUUUUGUUAUUAAUAUUCCAGAUAAUAGUAAUAUACUCCAGCCUCAGAAAAGGCUGAUAAAAAAAUUACAGUUGCCAUCUUUCUUCCAGCUUGCCUUUGUGUUAACUUAGGGCAGAUAUUUCCCUUUUUUUGCUAUAGUUUGCUAGAACUGUUUAACUUUAUUUGCCCAAAGGGGGAUGCUUUUUUUUUUCCCCUUCAGUCUUUUCCAUUCGUAAACAAUGAUUAUAACUUCCUGGCAGACUGGGUAACAGCUCAGAAUGUUAUACUGAAAGGUAUUCUUUUUUUUAUGUGCUUUUCAUUAUUUUUUCCUCUGAGAAGCUGAGAUUGGCAUGGGUGUACAUAGUUAUUUUGAAUAUUUUUUUUCAGAAGAAGACCUGGACGGUUAUCAGUAUUUUCUUUAAACAACUUGUAGAAUGUUUCUGGUUUGAUUUUAGUACUCCUGGGGGAUGCUAAACUUAAACCAUCAAAUAUAAAGGUGUCAGCAACCGUGCACGGUGUGCAAGGUUCUCCACACCACUCUGUCCUUGACUCUCCCACAAGAUUCAGAUGAUAUUUCAGUCCUUGUCCCCUCUAAAUCCUUGUAGAUUAUAAAUCCAGAUACAUCUGCAUCUACAGUAUGUACUGGUAGCAAAAAAUAAUUACCUGAAUUCCCCUGAGAUGCAGCCUCAGAAAGGACUGAUGGGGGAAGAUCUCUAGGCAACAACCAGAGAGCUGGAGAGGCAACCACAGGUGUGGACUUGUAUAUUCUGGAGUAAGGCUACUGUGUUUGUCACCCAACAAGCUUGAUGUUGAAACAAAUUAAAUCAUCUUGUUCAAGAGCUUGGUUCCACUUACUCAUUUUCAUUUGAACAAUUAAGCUUAUGACUGGACUAAACAUUUUUUAUAUUAAAACUGUAACUGGUUGAUAAAUCACUUUCUGAUGACUCUGUUCUUCAAUUUGUUUGCUUUAAUUAUUUGCCUGUACAAUGUGACUCGUGACACUUGUUUUCCUGUUGUAUCUCGCGGAUCAGAACAGUGUUUUUUUCUUAUUUUGUCACAACUUGGCUCUGUUUUGAUGCUGGGGCAUCAGCCAUGCUCAUCCAGGAAUAAUAAAGGGCAAAAAAAGUCCUCUUUGAA